AAAAGAAGUGGUAAUAAGAUAAAAAUGAGGUCUUUCGACUGUAUUGAGCGUCCGUUAUCGAGAUGGUUUUAUCGCUAUGGUCGUUAUGUUGCCAUACAUCCACUACCGUUCAUUGUAGUUCCACUACUAGUGACCGCAACAUGCGCGAUUGGUUUAUUGCAUUUAGAGGCACUAACUGAUGCCAUUUAUCUAUUCACACCAGUUAAUGCACCAUCCAAAACUGAAAGACAAAUCAUCCAUGAAUUAUGGCCACUACAUGAUCACAACUAUAUCCCAGGACGUGUUGUCACUCAAUCUCGAGAGAUUCAGGUAAUAGUAGCUAGUCGAGGUGAUGGCAACAUCCUGGAACCGCCUUAUUCAGAAGCAGUUCGACGUUUGGACCUUUACAUUCAAAAUCGCAUAAAAGUGAUACACAAUAAUGAAACGUACCAGUAUGAAGAUUUGUGCCUACAGUGGCGUAAUCAAGGAUGUCCUGGCAAUAAGCACGUUCAUAUUGUCAGUGAUUUGUUCAACCAUGGCAUCAAUGUGACAUUUCCAACCGUGCGAUUUGGAAGCGCUAGUGGUUAUAUCGGUGGUGCGUUAGGUGGUGUAACGCUAUCGCAUGGUCCGAAUGACAGCGCAGUUGUAGCUGGUGCUCGUGCUUGGUUUCUUAUCUACCAUCUCAAAUUUCAUCCUAUGAAUAUCUCUUAUGUAUCCGGUCUUUGGGAGAAGGCAUUGCAAUAUCAGUUGGAACAUUAUCCGCCAGACCCGUACAUAACGUAUACAUAUUUUCAUUCACAAACUUUAGCUGAAGAACUGAAACGUAAUGCAGAUUCACUGACACCACGCUUCCUGAUGGCAUUCACUAUUUUAGUUUGCUUUUCGGUUUUAUGUUCAAUCAUUUUUAUUGAUGGCACUUUUUAUAUUGAUUGGGUUCUAUCGAAACCGAUCUUAUCAUUGCUUGGAGUCGUAAAUGCUGGAAUGGGCAUCAUCACUGGUAUUGGUAUCACCAAACUAAUGGGCUUACCAUAUAAUGAUAUCGUUGGUGUAAUGCCAUUCUUACUGGUUGCGGUUGGUACGGAUAAUAUGUUCUUGAUGGUUUCUGCCGUUAGGCACACAAAUCGGGCUUAUUCAGUCGAAAGACGUAUUGGUGAAUGUAUGAGUGAUGCAGCAAUAUCCAUUCUCAUCACCUCUUUAACCGAUGCAUUUUCGUUCGGAGUUGGAGCUAUCACAACGAUUCCAGCCGUGCAAAUUUUUUGCAUCUACACUUGCACAGCAAUAUCAGCCACAUUUAUCUACCAGAUCACAUUCUUUUGUGCGCUCCUUGCAUUAACCACUGAAUGGGAAUCCAAAGGUUUACACUGCAUUUGGCUGAAGCCAACAAUUCCAGAAACUUUGAUAAAAUCAACAACAUUAUGGAAUCGUUUAUUUUGGUUGGGAUCAAGAACCGAUCCGGAUUAUAGAAAUAUUAAGAAAAAUUUGUUUAACUCCGGUGUGAAGGUGUUCUUUCAAGAUUGGUUUGCUCCAGUUUUAAUGCAGCCUGUGAUGCGUAUAUUGACGGCAGUAUGGUUUUUCAUUUAUUGUGCGAUAGCAAUAUAUGGUUGCACACAAGUCAAAGAAGGUUUAGAGCCUGUCAAUUUGCUUGUUUCUGAUUCGUAUGCGAUUCCGCAUUAUCGCAUUCUUGAGAAAUACUUUUGGCAUUACGGUGCACCACUUCAGAUUGUUGUUAAUAAUGCACCAGAUCUUCGUGAUCCAGAAGAACGUAAACGAAUUAAUGCAAUGGUGCAUACCUUCGCAAAUACGAGACACUCUAUUGGAGAUGAAAGUGUACAGUUCUGGCUAAAGGAAAUGGAAAUUUACUUUAAGAACGAGUUGAGUAUGGAUAUUGUUGAUUCGGCAAUUUAUGGUAUGGCCGAGCAUUUUAUGUCGGCCAAAUCCAACGAUAUUUGGAGUGAAGAUGUAAUUUGGGAAAGAGAUGAUAAAGUUGUUCCUCGAGAACGCGUUCGGAUGGCUCUCGGUGCAUUAGGUUGGCCACUGACACAGGGUGCCGCGUCCACAAUAUUAGCGGUUGUCGUUCUCGCGGAUAUUCCUGCUUAUAUGAUCGUCACGUUUUUCAAGACUGUGUUUUUAUCGAUUGUUCUCGGCUUACUUCAUGGAAUUGUCUUUCUUCCAGUUAUGUUAUCAGUAUUUGUACGAGGUUCAUGUAUUAUUUCAUCAAAACCCCAUAAGAUUCACGAUAAGAGCAAAAAAUCAAUGCAAGCUGCAUUCACUAAAGAGCAAACCGCAGUGGAAGAAGAGGAUGAUGUACAACCAUAUGGACGAUACAGUAUUUAUUUGUCUCGAGUCAACUCUCUGGACACGGCACUACCUCCUAACGCUUGUAUUCCAUACGCUGAUACAUCGAAUCUUUCGCAUCGUACUGUCGCUCCUUCCUCUCAAACACCCUAG